CCUCCUAAUGAAAUGAAUGUCACAUUACAGGGAUCCAAUGACGAAUGCGGUAGUGUACAGCUCGUGAAAACCAGGGAGCUAAAUGUUAUUGCAUCGGAGGGUCGGAAUUUGGCUUUAGGCAGCUGUAGGCAGGGUUUUACAAUCCUGUGACCGUACCAGUGAGUUCCCACUAAUUUAAAGCAGUCGAUGCACAAGACGUUAACAUUAGGUCUUUUGUCAUCGCUGUUGGCUUGUGCCUCUAACGUCUGUCUCACGGUCCCAUCUCUCCAUCCGGAUCUUCACAUUUAUAUUUAUUUUUUUGGUUUUUAAAUGAAUGCUUGCGUUCCACAUGACAGGCUGGCAUAAUUUUAUGUAUGCCUGUGAUUUUAUUUAUUUCUGGCAGGAAAUGUGAUUCCCAUGAUCUGUGCUUGUUUGAAGAGCACAUCUUUUAUGAUGUCAUUACAUUGCAGUAUCAGUUGUUUAUUCUAAUGACUGUUUGUAAGAGUUACCAUGCAGAGUGAUGAAACACUGUAAAUUUCUUUGUUUAUUCUAUAAACUAAUCAUUAUUUUUUCUGUGUUAGUCUUGCUCAAGUGUGGAGUGCUGGACACUAACGUGUAAUGUUGGCCUGCUGGAGCGGGGGACUAGUGCCAUACUGCAUGUUCGCUCACGAAUCUGGGCAGAAACGUUCAUGGAGAAUCCAUAUAAAAACUUCAUUCUGGAGUGCCUUGCUAGUUACAAAGUGGAAAAGAUGCCAUAUGCCAUUCUGCCCAAAGUGACUCCUAGUGGUGCUAAGAAGAUGGUCACUCCUGUGGUCUGGAAUAAGCCAGACAGUACGUACGCUGUUCCUCUGUGGAUCAUCAUCCUGGCUAUUUUGGCUGGUCUUCUACUGCUCGCACUGCUGAUCUACGUCCUCUACAAGCUUGGCUUCUUCAAGAGAACUCCAUACGGCACGGCCAUGGAAAAAGCCCAGCUCAAACCUCAGGCUGCAUCCGAGGCCUAAACUACACAAGAGAGCAUUUAGAAAACACGUCCCGGAGAAUGUUCUUGACCAGAGGCCAUCCAAAGAGAGCUUACUUGCUGUUAAAAAAAAAAAAAUGACAAAGACUAGACUGCAGUAAAGGAAUACGGAGGAAAGAUCACUGGAUCUUCACUGUACUGCACUAGAUCAUGAGACCCUGAGGACUUAAAGCCAAAUGAAUGUUGACAUUUACUAUUUUAUAUUAUUGUUUUUCCUUGAUGUGGGUUUUUAGCCACCACUUAUAGCCUACCACUCACAAACAGAUCUUAACCAAAACUCAGGAUCACUUGCCUCGCCUGGCAACCUGCUAAAGGAGAAAAUGAGACAAAAUCUAUGGACACAAUCUGCACUAAUAAUGAGAGUAACAUUUAUUAUAUUUAGUUUUUUGGUCUUAGUCUGCAACUGUUCAAAGAUUUCAGAUGGUUAAUCAGCAUCUGCCGUGUAGCAUUUCAAUUUUUAUGUUAAACACACACACACGUUUGCACCAAAAAAAAACUUCUAUGCAGUAUUUCACAACCAACCAGAGAUAUUAAGACAGGUUUUGCUCAUUUAUUGUUUUGAAAGAGAGAACGAGGUAGUUUGAUACCUCACCAUGGACCCUCAUCUCCAGUUUCCUGCUGUCUUUUUUUCUUUUUUUUUUCCAUUUUGUGAUUUUCAUUAGAAUGGGUUUUCACUUCGAAAUGAGAUGUUUUCAGCUCAGUCUCCUCUGUAUCUUCUGAAGAAAGCAAGCCAGGUUGGUUUCGCUCUCAGGUGAUGCCGCGGAAAGCGUAGAGUGACUCAUUUCCGCGGAAAACAUUGUCAGGAUCCUUCGUGGAAGGCGGCCGUUCUUCCCUGCUGAAUGUCGGCCGUUUCGGUCUUGUUAUCGUAGCAGUAACAAGCGACAACGUUGCCUUAAAAAGUCAUCUGGGACUCAACUGGAUCCGCACCGAGCCUGUGAAACCUCACCGAUGCCUUGAAGCAGAGCUGUGCUUUGCCUUACGCUAACAGACUCUUGGGCCAAAUAGCGGAAGGGUUGUCCCUCCAAACUUCUGAGGGGGAACGGAGAAUAUCUGUGCACUUGGAAGGAGAUUUGAAAGCAAACCUCUUCCAAGGCAGCAGGCCUCAUCCAGGGACUGAAUGUCGAAAAACAUCUGUAUACUUUUUGUUGUCUUUUUUUUUUU